CUGCAGUGGCCUAGAUUACUCUGAAACAGUUUCAGAUGGACCGGGUCAGACCGUUCCCACCUUUCUCGUGGGCAACCCAACAACAACCCGCACUCUCCUCUGGUUCCCUCGCACCUCUCUUCUGAUCGGUCCGACAAAGAAUCGUGUUGGCCCCAGCCACUGGCGGUGAUCCAACGCUAACUCUGAUUAGCCUCGACGCCUUUGCGCAGCACCUCUCGACCUCCAGGCAGUCAGAAUUUCUCCCUCCAUUUCGCCCUCCUCCCCACCUCCCCGUUGCUGACUAUCACCGCUCGGUCGCUGGACCAGUUUCUUGUAUCUUUUGAUCGCGUUCUUCCUCCACCGUCCUCGGUGUCCCUCUACUCCGUCCUAUCCCGGCCGAUCAAUGCUCCAGGGGCAUCUGUUUGUCCGCCCCAAGCGUCAUGGCCAGCGGUAGGCCUCCCGGACUUCAUCCAGCCGCUGGCCACAAUGAUGAACUGCUGCUGGAUGAGUCGGCUCCCAUGUACAACACGGGGCAACGCCCUCCCGUCAACGAUGACCAUCUACUGCAACAGUACGACAUCGACGACUCCGACCACCCCCCUCAACAACCGCGUCCCUCGGUUUCCUACGACCAGUUUGUCGGCGGACAGGUGCCGCCGCACUCCGGCGCCCAUGCGACGACCGCGCAUCCCCCGGCUCAGCCCGGGGGCUACAUGACCGAUCCCUACGCAGGAGCCGAUAUGUCUCGCGCCUACUCGCAAACCUCCGGGUUGAGCAACUACCACCGCUACUCGCUCGAUGACGAAUUCGACGAUGACCGCUCAAUGCACGGGUACUACGACCUCGACUACCAGGAUGACCAUCACAUACAGUCCGACAGCCGCGUCCGGCAGGCGAAGGAGCGAAACAGCAUACUGGGCCUGGGAGGCGGCUUGGUGGGCAGAGCCAAGCACAUGCUAGGCAUGGCCCCCGAAUACUCGGAGAUGGAUCUCCCCCUGACGGAGUCGGGAGCGAGAGCUGCGCGGUUGGACAGUGUGGAUGGAGGCGCGACUGGGCCCCCGAAACGAUCCCAAAAGUCGGAUUUCAAGUUCGGGUUUGGUCGCAGAAAGGUCGAUCCAUCCACCCUCGGACCGCGCAUGAUCGUUCUGAACAACCCGCCCGCCAACGCGGUGCACAAGUUCGUCGACAACCACGUCUCAACUGCCAAGUACAAUGUCGUCACCUUCGUCCCGAAAUUCCUCUACGAACAAUUCUCCAAAUACGCCAACCUGUUCUUCCUCUUCACCGCCGUCCUUCAGCAGAUUCCGAACGUGUCCCCGACGAAUCGUUAUACUACCAUUGCUCCAUUGUUGGUUGUGUUGUUUGUCUCCGCUAUCAAGGAAUUGGUUGAGGAUUAUAAACGAAGAGCGUCGGAUAAGGGAUUGAACAACUCCAAGACCCAGGUUCUGAAGGGCUCCGGAUUCCAUGACACCAAGUGGAUUGAUGUGGCUGUCGGAGAUAUUGUGCGUGUCGAAUCGGAGCAACCGUUUCCGGCUGAUAUGGUUCUUCUGGCGUCUUCGGAGCCUGAGGGAUUGUGCUAUAUCGAAACUGCCAACCUGGACGGAGAAACGAACUUGAAGAUUAAGCAAGCGAUUCCGGAAACUGCGCAUUUGGUGAGCCCUGCGGACCUCAGUCGGUUAACCGGACGUGUCCGAUCCGAGCAGCCAAACAGCAGUCUAUACACUUAUGAGGCGACUGUGACCAUGCAGGCCGGCGGAGGUGAAAAAGAACUGCCUUUGGCACCGGACCAGCUUCUCCUUCGUGGUGCGACUCUCAGAAACACGCCCUGGGUUCAUGGCAUUGUUGUUUUCACCGGCCACGAGACGAAGUUAAUGCGGAAUGCGACGGCGACACCGAUCAAACGGACUGCUGUGGAGCGAAUGGUCAACAUCCAGAUCCUCAUGCUGGUUGGCAUUCUUAUCGCGCUUGCUGUCAUCAGCUCUGUUGGUGACUUGAUAAUUCGCCAGACCGAGGCUAGUAAGCUCACGUACCUGGACUACGGCACUACGCAUCCGGUCAAACAGUUCGUCCUCGACUUGUUCACCUAUUGGGUCCUCUAUUCGAACCUUGUCCCUAUCUCGCUUUUCGUGACGAUUGAAAUUGUCAAGUAUGCGCAGGCAUUCUUGAUCAAUUCCGAUCUUGAUAUUUACUACGAUAAGACAGAUACCCCGGCGACAUGCAGGACAUCCUCCUUAGUUGAAGAGUUGGGCCAGAUUGAGUACAUCUUUUCUGACAAAACAGGAACCUUGACCUGCAACAUGAUGGAGUUCAAGCAGUGCUCAAUCGCCGGUAUUCAAUACGGCGAGGAUAUUCCUGAGGACCGGCGCGCUACAGUUGAAGAUGGGGCGGAAGUAGGCAUUCAUGACUUCAAGAAGCUUAGGGAGAACUUACAAUCCCACCCAUCGGCUGGCGCUAUUCAUCACUUCCUCACGCUUCUUGCCACGUGCCACACUGUUAUUCCGGAAAGGUCCGACAAGGAGCCUGGGAAGAUCAAGUACCAAGCCGCGUCUCCCGACGAAGGCGCUCUUGUCGAGGGUGCUGCGUCUUUAGGGUAUUGCUUCUCUAACCGGAGACCUCGUUCUGUGAUCUUCACCGUAGGCGACCAAGACUACGAAUACGAAUUGCUGGCAGUCUGCGAAUUCAAUUCUACAAGAAAGCGGAUGUCAACAAUUUUUCGCUGCCCUGAUGGGAAGAUUCGUAUAUACGUCAAAGGUGCGGACACUGUCAUUAUGGAACGCCUCAACCCCGACAAUCCUACUGUCGAGGCAACCCUGCAGCACCUGGAAGACUACGCUUCGGAAGGUCUUCGGACGCUCUGUCUGGCCAUGCGUGAGGUCCCCGAGGAUGAGUUCCAGCAGUGGUACCAGAUCUACGACAAGGCUGCGACAACCGUCGGCGGAAACCGUGCUGACGAGCUCGACAAGGCCUCGGAGCUUAUCGAAAAGGACUUUUAUCUCCUGGGAGCCACAGCCAUUGAGGAUCGUCUGCAGGAUGGUGUGCCGGACACCAUUCAUACCCUCCAGACGGCCGGAAUCAAGAUCUGGGUGUUGACCGGUGACAGACAAGAAACCGCCAUCAACAUCGGAAUGUCGUGCAAGCUCAUCUCUGAAGACAUGACGCUGUUGAUUGUCAACGAGGAAACCGCCGAGGCCACCCGCGACAACUUAGCCAAGAAGCUUCAAGCUGUUCAAAGUCAGGGUACAUCCGGUGAAAUCGAGGCAUUGGCUCUGGUAAUUGAUGGUAAAUCAUUGACUUUCGCUCUUGAAAAGGACAUGGAAAAGCUGUUUUUAGACCUGGCUGUCUCGUGCAAGGCCGUGGUGUGCUGUCGUGUUUCUCCACUUCAAAAAGCCCUCGUCGUCAAGCUUGUCAAACGCCAUCUCAAGUCGCUACUUCUAGCUAUUGGAGAUGGCGCCAAUGACGUGUCUAUGAUCCAGGCCGCCCACGUUGGUGUCGGUAUCAGCGGUGUCGAAGGUUUACAGGCCGCCCGGUCUGCGGAUGUUUCCAUUGCUCAAUUCCGCUACCUGCGGAAGCUUCUACUCGUGCAUGGUGCAUGGAACUACCACCGGAUCAGUCGCGUCAUUCUGUAUUCUUUCUACAAAAAUAUCGCGCUUUGUAUGACACAGUUCUGGUACUCUUUCCAAAACGCUUUCUCUGGUGAAGUCAUCUACGAAUCGUGGACCCUUUCCUACUACAACGUCUUCUUCACCGUGCUUCCUCCCUUCGUCAUGGGUAUCUGUGACCAGUUCAUUUCCGCUCGAUUGUUGGACCGCUAUCCCCAGCUGUACCAGCUGGGACAGAAGGGCGUGUUCUUCAAGCGACACAGUUUCUGGUCGUGGGUCUUCAACGGGUUCUACCAUUCUCUCGUGCUUUACAUUGUCUCUGAGCUGUUGUUCCUCUGGGACGGUCCUCUAGCAGAUGGUAAAACAUCAGGUCACUGGGUCUGGGCGGAGACGCUGUACACCGCCGCCUUGGCCACGGUGCUCGGGAAAGCGGCCUUGAUAUCCAACAUCUGGACCAAGUACACGUUCAUCGCGAUCCCGGGGUCGCUGAUGAUCUGGCUGAUAUUCCUCCCGGCCUACGGUUACGCGGCACCGGCGAUCGGCUUUUCGCAGGAGUACUACGGCACGAUCCCCGUGGUCUUCAGGGACCCCACGUUCUACCUGAUGGCCAUCAUUCUCCCCUUCAUCUGUCUCCUCCGCGACUACGCCUGGAAAUACACCAAGCGCAUGUACUACCCGCAGCACUACCACCACGUGCAGGAGAUCCAGAAGUACAACGUACAGGACUACCGUCCGCGCAUGGAGCAGUUCCAGAAGGCGAUCCGCAAGGUGCGCCAGGUCCAGCGCAUGCGGAAACAGCGCGGCUACGCAUUCAGUCAGGCCGACGAGGGCGGACAGAUGAGGGUUGUGAAUGCUUACGAUACCACGAGGGGAAGAGGACGAUACGGUGAAAUGACCAGUUCCAGGGCUCUGGUAUAAUGAUGAUUGAUUGACUAACUGACUGACUUGACGGAUUGAAAUGGAACUGAAUUGAAAUCUUGCGUGUAUUUUCUCUCCCUUUUUCUUCUUCUUCUCUCAUUCGCUUCUCUGUAAUUCUUAUCUGCCCCCUCCCCCCUCCCCCCUCCCCUGUCUCAUCGUGGUCCUUGCAUCGG